CGUCGGUUCGUAGUUGGAAAGUACGCCCCACGCGCGCAGAUAUAUGGCAGCGACGCUCAAGGUGACGGAGCUACCGCGCGGCGGCUCGGUCGUCUCGACCUCGAUUGGACCGAUCCAGUACGGCAUGCCGCCCGAGACGAUCAAGGACUCGAUGGCGCUCGGUCUCCCCGUGCCCAUGUACUUUAUCGUACCGUCCGAGCCCUUUACGAAGACACUGGGCCCCAACAUGGGCGUCAACGUCGCCGAGUUCGAGUUCCCCGCGUACUGCAAUUUCUUCUUCAAGCGGCAGUGCGUCAACCUCAUCGUCGCGUCGCAAGAGGUCGAAGACCGCAUCCGCCGCGUCUUCCAAGAGACGCUCUUUGGCCCGCAGGCCAUUGACAUGCGCAUGGACUUUCCGCCCGCGGUGCCGGCCUCGGCGUAUCCCAACCUCGAGGCGGAGCUCGGGUACUUUCGCAAGUUUGGCAACACGCUCAUUACGCUCGAGAUGCUGCUCAAGUUUACGCACUUCCGCGACGACAACAUAGCGACGCUCGUUUCCGGUGAGAACACGGUCACGAUUCAGAAGACCGAACACGGCUUUGUCAUUACCGACAAUGGUGCAGCGUCGGCGAUGAUUGAGGACUUUGUGCGGCUCCCGCCCCCCGCGCAGAACCUCACGGUGCGCGAUGUGUUUUACCCGCCGGCUUUUGGCGUCACAGUGCUUGGCAACUCGCAUGGGUUUGACCCGAAUGGCAAGACGUCCGGGUACGUAUUGUGGAUCAACCACCGCGGCAUCAUGGUCGACCCGCCGCCGUUCUCGACCUCAAUCCUCAUUGCCAACUCGAUCCCGCCGCUCAUGAUUGACGGCGUCAUUGUGACGCACUGCCACGCCGACCACGACGCCGGCACGUUUCAAAAGAUUCUACAAGAAGGCCGCGUGUCGCUCAUCACGACGCAAACCAUCUACCAGUCGUUUCUGCGCAAGUACGCGGCGCUCUCGGGGUUUGAAGAGAGCUUUCUCAAGCGUGUGCUCAACUACCGCAACGUGCGCAUCAACGACCCGACGAGCAUCCGCGGCGCGACCUUCCGCUUCUUUUACUCGCUCCACUCGAUUCCGUGCGUGGGCUUCGAAGUCACGUACGGCUCCAAACGCAUCGUGUUUUCGGGCGACCACCUCAACGACGUCGAGCGGAUCAAAGCGCUCAAGGACGAAGGCGUACUCACCGAGCAUCGGUGCAACGAGCUGCUGGCGUUUCCGUGGGACUGCGACGUCAUCUUGCACGAAGCCGGUGUGCCGCCGAUCCACACGCCCAUCAAGUCGCUCAUGGCGCUCGACGAGAACAUUCGCAAAAAGAUCUUUGUCGUGCACACGGCUGCCAAGGACAUUCCCGCCGACAGCGGCCUGCGCCCGGCGCCCGAAGGCGUCCAAAACACCAUCAUCGUCCCGACCGAGCGACCGGAGAGUGCAAGCACCCUCGAGGUGCUUGAUCUCGUGCGAAAAAUCGACAUCUUUGUCGACCUCACCCUCGCCGACGCGUACGAACUGGUCCAGAUGGCGCGCCGAGUCGACUACGCCAAAGCAGCGACCGUCCAAGAACACGGCAGCAUCGCGCGCUCGUUUUACAUUGUCGUGGCGGGCGAAGCCCAGGCGGUGUUUCCCCCGCUAGGCGCGCGCACCGACACGAGCGAUCGGAAGCGGCUCUCGACGAUUCCGCAGUCCAAGCGGUACAUCCCCGGCGACUAUUUCGACCUCCAAUAUCUGCUGACCCCCAACAUGCACGUGGGGUGCUCGGUCAUUGCUGCGUCGCCGCUCUGUCUCCUCGAGUUCAACGCCGCCGACAUCAACUGGUUCUUACGCGACACGAGCGUCUUCAACCGCAUCCAAAAGCUCGUGGAAACGCGGCACAACUUUGCGUGGGACACAAUCGCCGAGAACAGUAUCUUUACCAAGCUCACGCAAAUCCAGCGCACGCAGCUCGAGCUCACGCUUGGCAAGUGGAUCGUCGCCGAGAACUUCAUUGUGUGGAACGCGGACGAGGCGUGCGACAUUGCGGUCUUUGUCUCGGAAGGCGAGUUUGUCAUGAAGACGUGGACAAAGCCGACAAGCGCCAGCGCUGCCGAAGCCGAUAUGCCGACCGAGCCAAGAGGGCCGCCCCGGAAGCGGAAAGGCUCGGUGAACCGCGUGGUGCCAAUCGACUCGGUCACGAGCGGCCAAAGCAGCGAGUGUCUCCACGCGGUGUUUCGCCGCGGUGCGUUCAUUGGCAACGUCAACGCCCUCACGAGCGACGACGAGUGCGCGUUUGGGUCGAUGCUCGUUGCCAAAACCGCGGGCACGCUCUUCUGCAUCAAGAAGCCCGACUUCAAGUUCUUCCUCUUCGAGAACCCGGGCAUUCUCAUGGCCCUGAGUGACCUCACGUCCGUCAUCUGACUUGACGCUAUUUAACGCCACCGACCACCGCACACACCUUGUAGCGAGACGCCGACACCUCCUGUCGAAUGUUUGAUAGUCGUAGCCACGUUGCAUAGCCGUAUGACCAAUUAAUAGAUCCCACUCGCCUGUCGGACGUC